AUGAAACGUAUUUUUAGUAUUUUUUUACCCCGAUUACCUAUUAACAGACUAGCAUUUAUUGGUUUACUAACUACAGAGCCUGAUUAUGAUCAGGUAGUAAAAUCCAGUGACGACUUGGAUGAAGAACCUAAAACCGGGGUAGAUGGACUUCGCCGAGUGUUUUUACCAGGAAAAUACGGAGAGCUGUCUGCAGAAUUUACAACACUUAUUCAUAUGUCAUCUGCCAGCAUCUUCUUAGGAGCAGGUUUUGGUGCUCUGAGGCAAGCGCGUACUACUUUUCUUAAUUUUAUUGAAACUAAUGAUGCGACCAAGUUUCAAAAUCAUCUGGAAGCUAAACGUCAAUUGCAACACCGGGUUACACUGGCUAUGGGUACAGGAGCCGCGAAAUGGGGCUACCGAAUUGGAAUGUUCUCCACUAUUUUUUUAACAACUAGUACAGCAGUAGCUGCGUGGAGAGGGGAAGAUGGAGUCCUGGAAUACGUUAUUGCUGGUAUGACCGCUGGUGGACUGUUCAAAGUCAAUAUGGGAGUCAAAGGAUUUAUAGCUGGAUCGCUAAUUGGUGCUUUUGUGGGUUCAAUAACUGGAUUAUUUUUCGAUGGACUUUUUUGGAUUUCUGGCACAUCGAUGAAAUCAUUACAAGAAACCCAGAAAAAAAUUGCAGAAUUACGUGAAGAUGGAAUGCGCAAACAAAGAGACGAAUAUCUUAAUAAAGAGUACGGUGAAGUACGAAACAUUGUUAUUGGCCAAGAAAACAAGAGCGAAGGCACAUAA